AAGGUUCAGGCUGAGAGCCUCGUAGGCUGAGGCCAUAAAAUAUGAUGUAUCGAGGCCCUCUUUCUAACGCUAUCUGAAAAGUCUCGACGGUAGCUAAACCGAAUCAACUGCUGACUCCAGAGUUCCCGAAAGUAACCGUAUUUUCUAUUUGCUUAGCGACUUGGAAAGAUGUGGCAUAUCGACGUCUUCAACAGCUUGUCUACACUGAGCGAGUCCAACAAACUUCUGAGUGAACGUUUAGCCAAGCUUGGAGACAGGGCCGACCUUGCAGAACUCAGAGACAUUUUUCAACAUUUCGAGGUUACAAACUCGGUUGGCCUCGCUCUUCUUCACAAACACUUCUCCAUUGAGGAAGGCGAGCGUGUUGUGGAAUUCGGCCAUGUUUCAACCCCUUGGCCCGUUCCUCCAGAUGGCAGAAUGGCUGGAGGCUACCUAGUCCCACGGUCCUGGAGGUUUUGGGGUGAUGGGCUGGAGCCAUAUGAGUUUGGCUUCAAUCAUCCAGGCCAGGAAGAGUACAAGGACGUCCCCUUACCUGCUGGCUUUGUUGAACGGCUGCGUGCCUUUUUGACGGAGACAAAUCUCCAGGAUGUACUAGGCAUCUGUGUCAUUGGUGAAGAUGAGAUCAUCGGCCGCAUCGAGAAGAAUCGAGGUCGUGUCAACUUCACAGUGCCUGCUUCUAGGCCCGAGGACCUUAGCAUUGACCUGACUCCGACCCAUAGUCCGUCUGUGUGGUCUUUUGAUUGCAAGAGCGGGCUGAAUGAUGCCACAAUCAAACUUGCACGGGCUUGUUGGGUCUGCCCAAAGCAUUAUUAAGUGUCGCCCUCGAGUUCGGUUUCAGAGACUGGUAUGAUGAGAAAUAUGUAGCCAGAGGUAGUUAGGACAUAUCCAUUGCAACUUCAACGUGGGCCCCAAUUGAGUGCUUGGUUGUUUCAUAUCCACGCAUAAUUGUCU